AUGGGACUCCUAGCGCCCGACGUGCUCUGCACGCUCCUAGUCGUUUUCUUCAUCUUCCGAGUCGGGAGUUUUCUCCAUCUCUGGCGUCUGUGGACCAGCGGCCUGGCCAUUCCCGUCGGCGUCGCCCCCUCGACUCGGAAGGGACCGGGAGGUCGCGGGGACAAGAAGGAAGGCGCGGCGGUUCGGACAGUCUCUCUCUGGCCGGUCGCGCGCCUCGCUGGCCUCGGCGUCCUCGAUGGCUUCCAGGAGCUGCGCGACGCUUCGAACUUCCUCCUCACCUCGCUGGGCUGCACGGCGGCGGUCGCGCUCCUUCAGCUGUUCAAAUACGGCGCCUCACCAGGUGUACGUACGCCGUCUCCUGCCUCGCGGGCGGGGGCGUCGCUCCCCACGUCGCCUGAGGGCUAUCCCGGUGGCAUGGCGCCUCUCCCGCUUCUCAUCGUCGCCUUCUUCGCGUUUGUCCGCAUGCAAUGGAUCACCCACCGGCGCUUCCUCGCCGCUCGGCGUCAGCUCCCGCUCGGCCACCGCACUGCCACCGCCGUGCUGUUUGCCAAGGCCAAAGACGAGGAACGCUUGGGGUUGGGCCAUGGGUUCUUCGUCGGCGGCGCUGUUGCCCUCGCCCUCGUCACUGACAUCUUCGGCGUGACCCAGCGCUUCGAAUUUGCCUCGCUGCUCCCUGCCUAUUUCCGGGAGCUCUGGAAUCCGCUUGUGGACUCAGCAGUCUUCUGCGACAGCGCCUUCGAUCGGCAGCGCCUUGCUUUCCUUGAGCGCGUGUGGCCUUUCUUCCUCUUCGGCGUGAAGGCUGCGUUCGUCGCCUUCCUCGCCUUCGAAGGCUCUGUCCUCGCUGCGCCGGUUCAGGUGGAAACGAAUCUCAUCGCAGUCGCCCUCUACAAACCGGACUACGUCCAACCGGGGACCGAGGAUGUUGUCCAGAGGUUGCAGGUGCCGUUCGUCCACUUGGAGCGCGUCGCCAUUCCUCUCCUCAUUGUUCUCCCUUUCCUCUGGAUGCCCGGAGUCUACGCGUCUUUCCUCGCCGAAACCUCCUUGAGUUCCCUCGGCUUUGGCGGGCUUCGCCUGUUCCUCGCCUGCGUCGCUGCACUUCUUCUUCUUCGCCGCGCCAAGCUGGCGACGCAGGUGUCGGCGGUACUCGCCGUAUCCAGCAAGGAGUCAGCGCAGACAGAGGACCGGCCCCAAACAGAAGAGAAGAAGGCAGCCAAGUCCUCAGCAACAGGCGCGCCUUCCUCAGCACCUGUCUCCUCUCCGGCGUCGCCCUCACCGGCCGUGCACCCGUCGCGUUCUCUGUUGUUUCGCCUCCUCGACCUCCUCGGGCUUCCUGCGCGGCUUCUCCUCCUCGUGGCGUUCAGCAGUCUCCUACUCCUCCUGCAGGCGCAGCACGGCCGCGACAGUCCCUUCCUGCCUUCCGGCUCCGUCGUCUCCACGAGCGGCGUGCGCAACGCGGCCCCGUCCCUCGAGACGCCGAACGCGCCUUUGUUCUCAGCCCCUGCUCCGGCCUCUGCGUCGUCUUGCUCUGCAUCGCGAAGGCCCGAAGAAGCCGGCCAGGGGGCGAGCGGAUCGGAGAGCUGCGCGCCGUCCCCGCAUGCAUCGGAGGCCUGGCCGCCAAGCCGCGACUCCACUCCCGACUCUUCCCCGUCUGCUGCGACUGUCGGGCCCGAAGGAAAACGAAAGACGACGGCUGAACCUGGCGACGGCCGGAGCGAGAAGAAUCCGACCUGCGCCCUGCUGUGGAUCUUUCUGGGCAACGCCGACCAGAGACGCCUCGCCCUUCAGACCCUCGGAGGCGUUUCUCUGCGGGAAAAGAUUCUCUGGAUCCGGCGGGCAGCGCGAGUCCUCCCCUUCAACUCCCCCUCUUUCGCUCCCUUCCUCCAACAGUUGAGCAACGUCGUUCUCGUCGGCACUCUCGCCACUGCGGCUUUUUUGUUUUCUCUCGCCUCGAAUGAAGUCAGACGACGAGGUCUUCAGCGGCUGUCGAUCUGGGAUAUCCAGGCCUCCUGA